CGUCUCUGUUCAGCGUUCAUCCAAGCUUUGGGGAUUGCAGAAGAAACUGGGAAGGCCGAAGGAAAGGGCAAGGCUGAUGAUGGAUAUGCUCAAACGGAAAGACCGGCCCAUGAUCAAGCCCAAUGGAGCGGGAAGGCCAGCAGCAAGGACGGAGAAGAAGACCCUUCUUCUUCGUCUGCGUCUGCAACUGCAACAGGGUUCCAGAUGCCCCUUCACUACCCAAGGUACACGAAAGCUGAUUACGAGAAGAUGGAGGAAUGGAGACUGGACUUGCUGCUCCGAGAAUACGGGAUCAACUAUCGGGGCUCUCUGGAGGAGAAGAGGGCAUUCGCCAUCGGCGCUUUCUUGUGGCAUGAUCGACGUUGACAACGGAAAGACGAGAUUUUUAACCGGUGCAAUUGGAGGUCGAGUGAAUGAGGCGCGGAAAACGGGUUCGGG